AUGCAUAUGGCAAGGGAAUGUCAACAACAACAACAACAAGGAAAAGGUAUAUUUUGUCUCUGGUAUUCACUCUGGCCGAUGAUUUUUGCGUGUACAGGAGAAAGUCUCGCGACAUUUAUCAACAAUAGCAAACAACUCGUCAAGUCAUUCGAUUAUACCUUUCUUGAACCUUGGUUAAAGACAGGUCUACUUACCAGUAACAAUGCCAAAUGGCGUACUCGUCGUCGUCUCAUUACACCAUCUUUUCAUGACACUCAAUUGUUACACAAUUUUAUGCUCAUAUUCAAUGAACAAUCAUCUGUAUUUGCUCGACGUAUUGAGGAAUGCAUUCGAACCGGAGAAGAAGCGAAGGCAUACGAUCUCUAUCCAUAUAUAUCAACAUGUACACUCGAUAUUAUUGCCGAGGCGGCUAUGGGCGAACAUGUUGAAGCUCAAUCGAGCGGUGGAAAGAAUGAAUUCGUCGAAGCAACUGGACGGUACAAUAAAAUUAUGAGAUGA